GCGUCAUUUUUAAACUGUUACAUCUGGCAGCCAACCUUAAAGAAAUUCGGUGUGAAUAUUUUAGAAUAGAAAAUUUUGGUCGGACACCCUUAUCAAAUAUUUACCUGUGUCAUCCUCGACCGUCAGGAUGAUAAUGAAGCUUAAUUGGGCCACAAUUAUGUCAGUCGACAGGUCGGGAGAUUAAACGGAUUCACCGCGGCGCGUGGGUUUGAUAAAAGAAAGGGUUAUUCCUUCGGGGGAUUACAGUUGUACGGUUUCUCUUGGCCAAGCAUGGAUAGACUUCCGACGAGCAGUCCUGAGCUGAAGAUUGUGACCCGGUUGAUGCAAUCCGUGGCACUGUGGCCCUACGACUACAACCGUCAUCUGCCAGGAUGGCUUCGAGGUCGCUAUCAUUUGUCAACCGUGCUGAACGUGCUGUACUAUUUGCUCUGGCUGUUCAUCAAUCUGCACAUCUUGGUUCUGCACGUGAAAACCAUCCUUGACAGAUUGGACAGCUUCCAGGACUUGUUCUUGAUUCUGGUGACGACGUUUAUCUACUGCGUGAUGGUUCCGGUUAGUUUGUACUGCCAGCUGUAUUACGACAAGAACGUGGAGCUGAUUCAGAUGUCGAUGCUACUGUUCAGGAAGCGGUCAGCCGCUGGGAUUACUUACAUCAAGUUUGAGCCUACCAGGCAGUUUGUGUUCAAAAUGUUCAAGAUGUGGAUGAUUGGCUGUAUGUUUGGAACGAUGCACUGGGCCAUCUACCCGAUUCUACAGAGGGAGAAGAUUCUACCGUUCCAGAUCUGGUACCCGUUUGACGUUCAUCGCUCUCCACUGUACGAGCUGGCCUUCCUCGGGCAGGUUUUGGGUCAGUACCAGGUUGGGAUGGUGUUCGGCCUGGCUGGAUCGCUGCUGAUGAUGCACAUCUUUAUGGUUUGUGGCCAGUUUGAUAUCCUGUUCUGCAGUCUGACCAAUGUCUAUCACACCGCCAUGAUCAACAGUGGUGGGUACAAGUUGAAGCUCGCAACCGUUCGAAUAAUGUACAAAUCGUCCGAACGUAGACCUAAUCUGUACUACUUUAAUGAAGUUCAUGAAGAAAACCUCCCGGAUGCUCCGAGAACCAAAACCAAACAAAUUGCUCAACUACCUCAGAAGCACAACUAUUUGCCAAAGUUGUCCAACGAGUUGGCCACCGCACUGGAUGACUGCAUCGACCAUCAUUCAGUGUUGAUCAAAUUUUGCCACAAAAUGGAAGAGUGUUAUCACCCGUUUAUCAUGAUGAAACUGGGACAGAUUGUUGUUCAACUUUGCCUCCUGGUUUACAUGACGACUUCGGUGAAUGAUCUGACCAUGAUGAAGCUUAUGAACAUUUGCGAAUAUCUGAUGCUCACCAUGACGGAACUGUUUUUGCUUUGCUACCUGGGACAAACCAUGAAGGUUCAGAGCAUGAAGGUUGGUGAUGCACUAAUGAUGAGCCCCUGGUACGAGUGUGGAGCUGCUUUUCGGAAGAGAGCUCAGCUGAUCCAGAUCAAUUCGAUCCACCCCGUCAGACUGACGGCCAUGAAAUUGUACGAUCUGGACUUUGAAACGUAUUAUAUGGUUCUGAAAGCGUCGUUUUCAUACUACACACUGCUGAAGAAAUUACAACAGUAAUUGUUAAGGACUUUUAUAAAUCAUUCCGGACAAGUUUAUUUCUGGAACUGAAUGUCACAUUUAUAUUACCGUAAUCUGGGGUGAAUCGGGACAGAGUCUGAAUAGGGACAGCAGUUUUUAGACCACUUAAAGCUUUUAAAUUUGGAAAUCGAUGUACACAUUUUGUUGGCCUGAGUCUGUUCUAUCCGAAACCAACCAGAAAAAUCAAAAUAUUGUGCUCCAACAUGGUUAAAACUGCUGUCCCAAUUCGCCCCAUGUGUCCCGAUUGACCCCAGUUUACGGUACUAUCUGAAAUCUGUGUUAGAUCAAAUAAUGGAGUUAAAAGCAUUAAACCUGGAAUUAAAAUCUGAUUUUAUUUAUUUUUGAACCAUUAGUAUUAGCAAAUUAUUUAAACAUGCAUGUUAAGUAGAAACUUGACAUUCUGCACUUGACUGGAACUUUUUUUUGAAAAUCGAAAGAAAAUUCCCAUUUGCACUGUAACAAGAUAAGGCAAUUUUCCAGAAACCAAAUUCAAGCUUCAUAAAAUAUACAACACAAAUUAAAACUUAACAAUGUAUGCAAAGUUUAAAGUUAAAAAAAAACAUCGCCUAAGCAUUUGUUACACCAGCAAAAUUUUAAUCUGAUUAAAUGUUUUUUUUUUCA